AUGGAGCUCAAGAUGCGUGUUGCAACUGUGUGCUCCCUUAUGCUGCUUACUCUCCUACUCUCAACAGGUAACAACUCUCCUAUCUAGCAGAAAAGAUCCGGCUUUCCCCUUAUCUCAGUCGUUGUACUAGGCUUCUAAUAUCGUCCUGUGUCAUGAUUUCAGCUUUCACCGAAGGACAGACUUGGAUCUGUUCGGAGACAAGUAGGUAUUAUACUGGACCCUGCGAGGCUCACCGCUGCAUUUCUGCAUGCCAAGCGGAGGGUUCCCAGUCCGGCAGAUGCGGGGUGCCUGGAGGGCAGUGGUGCUUCUGCCUCAAGCCAUGUGCCGGCAAGCAGGCAGGGAGCACGGCAGCUUCCCGCCCGUAGCUCCUGUGUUACCAAAUGUCUCCCUCUAUGUCGUUUCGAUUGCAGCCAUCUACAUCUGCGCUAUCAUCUCUCUUUCCGUCAUAUGUCCGUCUCUCCCUUUCUCGCCCUCUCCAUUUCCAUUAAUAAUUAGGAUGUCCCAGUGUAAGAGAUACCGAGCAAUCAUAGGAGAUGGUCUUAUCUGACUGGAAUGUUAAAGUGUUGCUUGAAUACCCGCGGGACUUGGUUUUCUUGGAAAUUGUAGUUUACAGCCUCCCCUUCUGCUGGAUAAAUUUGCAGAAGGCUAAGGCGUAUAGAUCUGAUUCGCGAACAGUUAACACGAACUUGCCUGGUUGGUUUUUCUAUCUUGACCCUCUAUAGAACUGGCUCCAUGAGUCAUCGAAAAAAUAAACUUCAAAUCCGAUGCAUUCAGAUAAGAUCUCCCUGUAAUUUUCUGCAAUGAAAAAUUGUGCAUUUAGAGAAUACAUCUAUGCAUACAUACUAAAAAUAGAUUGGGUCCCAGCGUUUGUCGAAAACUCCCCUUAAGUUAGAGAUUAGAGAUUAAGCAGGGAAAUAAAGGAUAUCCAGAAGAAUCAAAGGUGACGACGAGUGUCCUUUCAUUUAGGUUGACAAUGUACCGCUAACAGCUAUAUAUGUCUAGACCCUCAGAAAAAAUAUAUGAUGAAUAAAUCUUCCACUGGUUCAGUACGUAUAAUUAUUUAGAGGGGGGGGAAGGUUACAAGCUGCGUCGUGAAUCAUCCACAAUGUAGUUGUUGGUGUUGCAACUUCGGAAAAAAGGACUUCUCCCCCGUUUCUAUACUUUUUGAGGCGGAUACUCGGCAUACUAUUUGGCAAUUAAUGGACGACGGUUACAGAAGUUUCCUUUAAUGUGGAAGCGGUAUCUUCCAUAUAAAUUUGAAAACGAAGGAAAUCCGUGGCCUUAAUUGCGUCGUAUCUUCCGUAUCUAUUAUGAGAAUUCUUCUCGCUGUUGGAUAUAUUAGUCCCGGGAGGAAUACCUCCCAUCUCGGUGACGUCGGUCUCUUCCCCUCCUCUCCCCUCUCUCCCUCUCUCGCUGGGGUGUGACGAUUUCCGGCUCUAAUGGAAAGCAAGAAAGGAAACAUUGCUCUGUGUUGCCUCCUAUUAAUCCUGGGGCUAUCAUCAGGUGAGAAAGCUAAUCUCUGCCUCAGGAAUCCUAUCACCUUCACUCUCCUCUCUUACUUUCUAUCUUCCCACACACACCGCCCCCAGUCUAUGCAAACGAAAAGCCAGGGCCACUGGUGCUCUCGCCGCCGUGCGACUGCGGAGGGAAAUCGUGCCGGGACCUGGAUAUCUGCAAUAAACCGUGCCAGCAGCUGGGUUACGAUGUCGGCGUAUGCGAGCCUAUGAUUGCGCGUUGCUACUGCAUCAAGGAUCGCACCGACCAGGCCGGGAGCCCGGUUUCCUGGAACCCGUAA